AUGGAUGGAACCGAGAAACUGGACUCUAUCGUGAUCAACUGCCUCAACCCCCGUUGCUUUAAAGCCAUUGACGUUUUUAAGCUACCCGUCCACUUCCAUGCAAAUGCAAAGGCAUGGAUGACUGGCGGCAUCUUUGCAAAUUGGUUGAAAGCGUUCAAUCUCAAAAUGAGUGGGCGAAAAGCUCUUCUGCUGCUCGACAACGCGACCUCACAUGUCGAUUUGGACGCGGGCAUCAUUCGCAACUUCAAGCUUAAGUACAAUGCCCAAUUCGUGCAGUGGCUACUGGAUAUGGUGACGGCAGGGACGGAGGACAAGAAUCUCGACGUUCUUAGCACCAUCCGUUUGGUGGUAAAAUCGUGGGCUGAGGUGCGCUCUGAAACGACUCGACACUGUUGGAUCCACACAGGAAUCGUGUCGGGAGUUAUGUCGGCAGUGCUCCGUAGGCAAGACGUGCCGGUCCGUCUUAAUGAUCUCUUAUUCCUGGCUAAUCUAAUCAACAAACUAUUCUUAUCUAAUGGAAUGGAUGCAGACGACUAUCUGGAGUGUGACAACAACCUGAAAGAAUGGGAACCAGACUCCGAUGCAACUGCAACCUCUGAGCCAUUUUCGCGUGAUGACGACAGCGACGAAUAUCCCAUCUUCACUCAUCGCGACGCGCUGAAUGCUGCAAUACAAUUGUCUACGUACCUAUUCGGACACAAGAUCAAUAUUGCACACAAGAUAUGUAACGGGGCACCCUGA